GAGUUUGUUAGCCAGUCUCGGAUGUACCGCGCGACGAGCCAUUCAAAAGCCCGCAAUCCAAGCGACGCUACCGCUCCCAAAAUAUUUUUGAAAAACACAAUAUCGGUUUUGGAAUCGACCGCCGAUUGUCAUUCGGCGCACGCAUAGCGUCCUAGGCCGUCCGCCGCGACACGCCACUGACACAUUUCUACGGUUUCGCGCGCUUUUAGAAUUUAGAACAGUUUUGUUUUUUUUUCUUUCGGUUCGGUGCUACCAAUACUUGUGCCAGAGACACGUGCAAAGAAAAUUGUGAAAUUCAACAAUAAUAUUCUAUUUGGAUUUAUUGCGAUGGAAAUCAGAAGAUAUAAACGCAGCGGCGCAUCAUUUCUCACAUACUGGAUAUUUCUGUUACAAAUGUUAGGCAGUGCCCGUCGUGGUGCUGAGGGUCACGGCAGACUGAUGGACCCUCCAGCACGAAACUCUAUGUGGCGGUUUGGUUUCCCGAAUCCUGUGAAUUAUAACGAUAACGAACUCUUCUGCGGCGGUUAUGCCGUUCAGUGGGAGCAGAACGGUGGGCGUUGCGGCGUGUGCGGGGACGCGGAGCACUUGUCCGAGCCAAGACCUCAUGAAGCUGGCGGCAUGUUCGGGAAAGGCAUCAUCACACGACACUACAGCGUUGGGCAGGAAAUCGAAGUAGAAAUAGAGCUGACGGCCAAUCACCUCGGCACUUUCAUAAUGAAGUUGUGUCCGAACAACAAUCCAAAACAAGAAGCCACUCAAGAAUGUUUUGACAGAUAUCCUUUGUACAUAUCUGGUACACGUGAGGACCGCUUCCUGAUCCCGCUGGACACCGCAAAGAAAGAUACGUUUCGGUACCGCGUUCGGCUGCCGCCAUACGUCACCUGCACACAAUGCGUUCUACAAUGGACUUACCAUACUGGUAACAUGUGGGGUAUCUGUCCAAACGGCACGGAGGCGGUAGGAUGCGGUCGUUCGGAGACGUUUAGGAACUGCGCCGAUGUGAGCGUCAUCACGAGCACUGGUGGACUCCCUCCUGCCUUCGCCGGAGACCUGAGGAGGGAUAAUCCAUUCCUCCUCUACUACAGGGACUAUCACAUGCCUCAAAAUGUCUUCCCCUUGGUGGUCAGAAAUUUACGAAAGGAUUACAAAAAGGCACCGUUACGUGUAAUUAGCAACGAUAUUGAGAGUUCUACAGAGGAGGACUUAUACAUAGGUCCACCGGUUAUUAGGGACCAAGUGUGCGUGCCAUCUGAAGGUUUCCGCGUCAUCCCCGGCAUGCUGAACUGGUGCCAGACGAACUGUCUCCGGUACCCUCCCAACUGUCCUGAUUCUCUCUGCCAAUGCCCGCAAGUAUGUGAAGCGAUUGGAGAUCUGGAGGGACGUGACGGCGCCGACGUGUACUGCAUGGACCUUUGCAUCGUUUACCCUCCGAAGUGCCCCAAGCAUAGAUGUCGCUGCUACUAGACUUGACACGUUGUCUAUGCGUCACAGAUUAUGUUACAUGUACAAUGUUACCAUUACAAAAAAAAAUUAAAUAUCUGUCAUGUAUUCUGUAACGCAUAUUUGAAAUAAAUCUAAAUUUCAUCACAAAUCUUUUGGCAAUGUUACAUUUAACAAAAUAAAAAAUUUAAUGUAUUUUUAACGGUAAAUAUAUGUUAAUAAGGCAAAAUCGUUAAUUAGUUAAAAAAAACGGAAUAAAAAAUAAAAUGCAACAAAGUGAUUCUCUUUAUCUCAAAUUAAAAUCGAAUUAUUAAAUUAAAAUUGCUUUUCAAAUUAAAUGACAAUAAUUAAAAACAUAUUGAAAUUAUAAAAACUUUAAUUCGAUAAUUGCUUCAACAAAAUAAAAAAAAAGAAGUUUUAUCUCAAUUUUAUUCAAGCAAUUUUAAAAAUAUGACAACAUAUUAUUUUUAUUAUUGUACAUUUGUAUAUAUUAUUAAUAAUUUCUGUUUAAAAUUUUAUUUAUAAGUUGAAACACAUACUCAAUUCAAUUUUACAUAGAUCUAUAAUGUAAAGUCCUGUUUGCCAUGAAGUAAACGGUACCAGAUUAUGUAAUUUUAAAUAUUUGUAAAAUAAAUAAAAUAUUAUC